GAAUAAUUUUGAAUAUCCAGGAUUUUUGAGAAAGUAUUUAGCAGGAUUUUAUAACUCGAAAUAGAAGCAUAAGUGUUUUUUUCUGAGACUAAUUUGGUGCCUUGAUCUUAUUGUCGAAUUAACGAUGUCUGAAGCAGACGAUAUCUUUGCUGAAAACUCGUCAAACGAUUCCGAAUACAACAGUGUGAGUGAACUUCAGGAAUCGAUCAGUAUAGAAGAGACGGAACCUGAAGAUGAAUUUGAGGAGGAUAUCGAGUCUCAGCAGAUUCGAGAACGGAUUAAGAAACGGCAGAGUCAACGAAUGUCGUUCAUUCCGCGGCAGGCCAGUUCAAGCGACGAAAGCGAUAAUGAAGAUGAAGAAUUGAAAAGAAGCCGCGCGGAAAGCGAGGUCACGAUCGUAAGUGACGACACGAGCGAUGAGGAACGGGCAGUGGAAAAUAGGGCUCUCUCACCUGCUACGCGUUUGAGUAUUACCGGUAUUCGACCGGAGGAUUUGAGUUCCGAUGAGGAUGAUGAGAUUAUUAUGAAAAAGGACAACAGGAAGGUGCUGAUAUCGGAUGACGAAAGUGAACCUGAGGUAAAUUCGGAGACAAGAGCCGACAAUCAAGGAUCGUUCGAUGAUAGUUUACCGAUGCACAGCUUUGAUGCGGAAUCAUCCAAGCGUGAUUCCAUUAGUACGAAACUAUCUUCGACGGCAGUUUCGGAUGACGUCAGAAAUGAAUCUAAACGUGAUUCGAUUAGUACGAAACUGUCAACAAGUGUGGUUUCUGAUGAUAGCAAAGACGAAUCUAAGCGUGAUUCGAUUAGUACAAAGUUAUCUUCGACGGCGGUUUCGGAUGAAAUUAAAUACGAAUCUGGUGAUACUUCAGAAGAUAAACGUUUAUCUAGCCACGUCCGUCAGUCCAUCGGUAACAAACUUUCCUCAACGGCAAUCGAUGAAAGAGGAGAGCAAUCGCACCGGGACGAUAGUAACUCAUCAAGUGUCAUAGUUACUCAGGAAUCCAAUGAGGUCUUGUCGCUUUCCAGUGAUGAUGAUGUAUCAAUCAAAAAACCGUUGGUUCAACCAACUAUCAAAGCUGCAUUUGCCAAUAACUUGGUUUCGCAAAACUUUUACGAAGGUAAACUUCGCAAACUGUCUGACAUGAAAGUUACUCUAGUUUCAAUGGAAAAGCUGACCAGGGUGGCCCAUGAUUUACCGGACAAAGGUGUUGCAUUGAUGAAGAGAAUGGAUCUUUUGAAAAAGGAGAUACAAAUUCUUAGCAAAGAGAUUUCACGAAUGGAUGUGCACGAUUCAAAGAACGUUAGAAAGGAGAUUCAGAAGAGUUUCGAGAGCUCCAUCGAUUCCAGUGGACGUAUAAUAUUGGACAGCAAAAAUACUUCGAUAGCAAGCAACGAAUCCAGCGUGCAAACAUCGGGUGAUCCAGUCAAACCAACAACCAACAUUUCCUGGGAUGACAUUGAACAGGCUGCAAAUCAAAUCCAACCGAAGCAUACGGGCAAGCAGGGAAUAGCUACUUUCGAAACGAAGAAAACACUCACCAUGGACCGUUUGGCCACUUUGCACAAGUCAAUCGAAACCUGCCCUAGUGAGGACACACUUGCCGAACCUCCAAAGUUGCUAAAGAUUGAGCUAAUGAACCACCAGUUGCACGCGCUGGCAUGGAUGCUGUGGCGUGAAAGUCAGAAACCUCGUGGAGGGAUUCUGGCCGACGACAUGGGUUUAGGAAAGACACUCAGUAUGAUUUCUUUGAUUCUAAAAGCAAUCGAGUUGGACGAUUCGGACAAGGUACAGGAGAAUAGUUCUUCGGAUGAAGAAGCUGAAGUUGACAGUGGUUGGAUGGCAAAGGGUAGAAAAGAUUAUUAUGCUGGAGGCACACUCGUUGUUUGUCCAGCGUCCUUGAUGAAACAGUGGGAGGCAGAAAUAUUGAAUCGUGUGUCAAGGAAUAGUUUAGCUGUAAUUAUUCACCACGGUUCGAAUCGGGACGUAAAACCAAGACACCUGGCGAAAUAUGACGUGGUUAUAACCACUUAUAACAUUGCUUCGCGAGAAGUCAAAUCAGAAAGAAGUGGACUUUUCGGAGUAAAUUGGGAACGGAUCAUUUUGGAUGAAGCGCACCUUAUUCGGAACCAUAAAAGUGCUAUGUCCGUUGCAUGCUGCCAGUUGAAAGGGCGCUAUCGUUGGGUUCUAACCGGAACCCCUAUUCAGAACAAAGAAAUGGACAUUUACGCGCUGAUGAAGUUUCUCCGUUGUAGUCCGUUUGAUGAUUUGACGCACUGGAAGCAGUGGAUUGACAAUAAGAGCGCAGGAGGAAUGAUUCGUCUUAAUACGAUCAUGAAGUCGAUCAUGCUUCGCAGAACCAAACAACAGCUAAACGAAAAAGGUGCACUGCAGGGUUUACCGAAUAAGAUGAUUGAGUUGAUCGAGGUCACGUUGGAUAAAGACGAAAUGAAUGUCUACCAGAAGGUGCUGCUUUAUUCGCGAACUCUUUUCGAGCAGUUUCUUCGUCAGCGAGCAUAUAAAGAAAACGAAAACUAUUUUAGAAAUACCGGCGGUGGGUCAACAUUUGCUCGAACGAAAGGGCCAAACUACGAGCGGGUCCACCAAAAGCUAAAACAACUUCACACUAAAGAUGAAGUCAAGCAGCAUCAGAUCCUCGUGCUUUUGCUUCGACUCCGGCAAAUUUGCUGCCAUCCUGGUCUGAUCCAUCGUAUGCUGGAGGACGAUGACGGCAAUUUCGAUGUGAGCACAGUUGAAGAGGAGCAGGAUCUGGAUCUGCUUGAACAGCUGAACAAGCUCAAAUUAACGGACACCUCGGGCACUGGGGCAGCGAAUGAUUCAGCGGAGGUUGCACAGCGGGAGCUAAAUAUUAGUGACACACCGCCGGAGGUUGCUGACGCUAUUACGAAGGCAUCGUCGAAAGUGAUGCUUCGGUCGAAUCCGGUUUUUAAUUUGGAACGGGCAAGCUCCAAAAUUGCUAAAGUACUGGAGUUGGUGGAUGAACAGAUUCUGCAGAGCGAGGACAAGGCGGUGAUAGUGUCACAGUGGAGCAGUAUGCUGGACAUCGUGGCUCAGCAUUUGAGCGGAAAACGGGUGCGGUAUGUGUCGCUUACCGGGAAGGUCCCAGUCAAGUUCCGCAAUGACAUCGUGGUGGAUUUUAAUAAGCAGGGGAGCGGCCCAAAGAUUAUGCUCCUAUCACUUACUGCCGGCGGAGUUGGUCUCAAUCUGGUUGGAGCUAACCACCUGUUCUUGCUUGAUCUUCACUGGAAUCCUCAGCUGGAAUCUCAAGCCCAGGAUCGUGUUUACAGAGUGGGACAGAAAAAGACUGUCCAUAUCUGGAAGUUUAUGUGUAAGGACACGGUCGAGCAGGCGAUUAGAGUAUUGCAAGAAAAGAAGCUUGGUAUUGCCAACGAAGUGCUUACUGGAACCAAACAAACUGGCAGCAAGCUUACGAUCGAUGACUUGAAGACAUUGUUCGGGUUGUAAUU